AUGGCGGACUCGAGAAGGUCAGAAGAUGUAUACGGGGAGAAGAUCGACCGUUGUAUCUACAACGGUCUGGUUAAACUAGGCAAGUCUAGCGGCUUUUAUGUUGGUGGAGUCAGUGUUGGAAUUGUGUUUUCUGUACUCCUCAUAAAACGCAAACCAUGGCCGGUGAUACUCGGUGGGGGUAUCGGAACUGGGAUGGCACUGUCCGACUGCAAUAAUGAGUUUAGGAGUGGCUUUCCGCAUCCUCACCUGUCUCACCUGCAGAGGAAGCUAAAUGGAGAGAGACCCCGAAACAUGAGAAAUGAGUUAAUGACAGAGUCGCUUGAACGAAUUCAGCCCACUGGAGAGCUACUGGCCAACAUCAGUGCUCAAACUGGCGCACCACUAGAGAAAGAAGAAUCAUGUUUGGUGUGUAAGAACAGCAGCGUCUCUUGUCUGUGCAAAAUCAAGGAGAAAGAGCCAAAGAGUGCCAGAUCGGUGAAGAAUGUCAAGAUUAAGCCAUUCCUUAGCGUCAGCGAUAACUUUGAAAAGAGGGCCGGUGAGGGGGAGUAA